AUGUAACCUUCUUUGAAAACAUUUUCCCUUUCAAGGCAACUCCUUCAACGGUUGAUUAGUCCUUUGAUAAUGCCAUUCGCAUGGCUUUGUCACAAAUUUCAGAUACUUCAAUAUCUCAACAGCACUCUGACUUGAUGAGGCCAGUCAUGCGUGGCAGCAGUCUUCCAGUGCAACACUCUUCUGACACACCACAAGUUGAGUCGUCUCAUGAGCUCGAUCAUGCUGAAUCCACAAAAACAGUACAUGAAGCACAGGGCGAAGGACAACAGGUCUUGGAACCUCGUAAAAGUGGACGUAUGAGACGUUCACCCGUACACUUAGAGCUCUUUGAUGUUGAAUUGCCACCCUCACUCCACCCCUCGACACACCCUUCCAAUGCGGCAAACUCGACGGAUCCACUAUGGAGAGCAGCCAUGCAAAAGGAAAUUCAAGCCUUGGAAGCCAACGGGACGUGGACGUUAAUUCCAUUGCCUCAGGGAAAGAAAUUAAUUGAAUCCAAGUGGGUUUAUAAAAUCAAAUACAAACCCAAUGGUGAUGUCGAACGAUAUAAAGCGCGACUGGUUGCAAAGGGAUUUACACAAAUUGAGGGCAUUGAUUUUCACGAGACUUUUGCCCCAGUUGCAAAGCUUGUUACUGUUAGAUGUCUUCUGGCAGUUGCUGCUAAACGUCAAUGGGUGGUCCACCAACUUGAUGUGAAUAAUGCCUUCUUGCAUGGCGAUCUACACGAAGACGUGUACAUGCGUAUUCCACAAGGUUUCGCUAAGAAGGGAGACACUCGGGUGUGCAAGCUGCAAAAGUCCUUGUAUGGUCUUCGCCAAGCUUCUCGCAAUUGGUAUGAAAAAUUUACUAGUGCCCUUACCAAAAUUGGUUUUCGGCAAUCCCGUGCCGACCACUCACUUUUUAUUUACCGUCAAGGGAGUACUUACACCGCUGCAUUGAUAUACGUGGAUGACGUUGUGUUAGCUGGCAAUGACCUCACCCACAUCUCUCAAAUCAAGCAUUAUCUCCAUGAGCAAUUCACCAUCAAGGACCUUGGCCCGCUCAAAUAUUUUCUCGGGAUAGAAGUUGCUCGUUCUUCUAGUGGGAUUGUUCUUAGCCAGAGGAAGUAUGCUUUGGAUAUCCUACAAGAGAGCGGCAUGCUCGGUAGUCGACCGAGUACCACUCCUAUGGAGCAAAAUCUAAAAUUACGGCCCGAUGAUGACAGUGCUCUUAUUGAUGCUGCAAUGUAUCGGCGACUCAUAGGCCGUUUGUUAUAUCUCACUGUCACACGGCCUGAUAUUGUCUUCCCAGUGAAUCAGCUUAGUCAGUUCCUUUCCCAACCACGCCAAUCGCACCUGGAUGCUGCACAUCGAGUACUUCGAUACCUUAAAGCCACUCCGGGAUUGGGAAUCUUUCUUUCAUCGAGCUCAGAUCUUUCACUAAAGGGCUACUGUGAUGCCGAUUGGGCCAGCUGUUCCUUCACUCGACGCUCCAGUUCAGGUUACUUCAUCACCUUAGGCGGCUCACCUAUUUCCUGGCGUACAAAAAAACAAAAUGUGGUCUCUCGUUCAUCCGCUGAGGCAGAGUAUCGGGCUAUGGCAGUUGCUGUUAGUGAAAUAAUUUGGUUACGCUGGUUGCUUCGUGACUUCGGUGUUUUUUCUGUUACACCCACGUCGUUAUUUUGUGAUAAUCAGGCAGCCCGUCACAUUGCUACCAAUCCGGUAUAUCAUGAACGUACCAAGCACGUUGAGAUGGACUGUUAUUUUGUUCGAGAGCGCGUUAUGAGUCACGAGAUUCAACCACAACCAAUCUCCACUCAUCAUCAAGUUGCAGAUAUCUUCACAAAGGCUCUUGGCAGCGAGCAAUUUCAGUACCUUAGUUCCAAGCUGGGUGUUAGAGACUUACACGCUCCAGCUUGAGGGGGAGUAAUACGUAAUAUGCAUAUAUCACGUUUGGUUCUACAUGGCAAGUUGCCGAUCACGUAUCACAUGGGAUUGCAUAAUUUAUUUUAUUUAGUUUCCUUGUUUGCAUUGCUUUCCUUGUAUACUGCCGUAUGGCCUUAUAUAAAUUGUGGCAGACACUUGAUGCAAUAAGAUUAACCUACGACAUUUUCAUCU